CGACCGUUGAACCUCUCUCUACAGCACAGUCCAACUAACCCCUACUACAACAUGUCCCGCCGCGACACCACCGUCUCCGACUGGGCCCACUCCGACACUUUUCACAACUCUUUCCUUCUCCCUCCCGACUCCACUCUUGACGCCGCACUUGAGAACACGAAGAAGAACGAUGUUCCGGCUAUCGAAGUUAGCAGAGCUCAGGGCAAGUUUUUGUACUUGAUCGCGAGGUCGAUUGGGGCGAAGAGAGUUUUGGAAGUUGGGACGCUUGGAGGAUUCUCGGCUACUUGGUUUGCGAGAGCCUUGCCUGAAGACGGAAAGGUCGUUACGUGUGAGUUGGAACCCAAGCAUGCGGAGGUCGCCCGCCAGAAUCUUAUCACGACCGGCGUCUCCUCGAAGGUCGACAUUGUCCUCGGACCAGCAGUCGAAACACUUGCCAACAUGCCCACACCUCCCGAGUCAGAGUUGUUUGAUUUAGCAUUCAUCGACGCCGACAAGGAGAACAACCUCAAUUAUUUCUUGCAGGCGAAGAGGCUGGUCAGGAAGGGCGGCGUCAUCAUCGUGGACAAUGUCGUCCGUAACGGCAACGUCGCUGACGAGAGCGAUACUUCGGGUAGCUCUGUGGGCGUAAGAAAGCUGUUGGACCACCUCAAGGAGGAUAAGGAGGUCGAAGCGACGACGAUCGCUACUGUUGGGCACAAGGGCUACGACGGAUUUUUAUACGCUUGGAAGCUCUAGCGGAUGGCGGACAGCCCGAGAGCUGUUUAACAGGAAUGGUACGAUCUACUAGGAUGUCCUGUUGAAGCAGAUAAGUGAGGUGUAUUGUGUACUAUCAUAACGGUGGAUGGUGUAUGUAACAUUACUAUGCAGCGAAGACAUAUAAACCUAUCCAAUAUU